AUGGCUUCGCAACUCUCCAACGCAAACACAGGUCGAGGCCUUUCGCUAGCUGGACUUCCAAAGUCAAACGUAUUUACAUCCAAGCUUCCUCCAGACCCAGCCUUUGAGACGCCCGAUGUGUCACACAAAGCGCAGAGGGAAAGAUUAUACCCGCGCACCGUGAAAGGAGCCUUCUUCACUUUCGUCCGCCCUGAAACAGCAGAAGAUCAAGAGCUUUUGGGAGUCAGUCCCAGGGCAAUGAAAGAUCUUGGACUCAACAUUGGUGAAGAGAAUUCGGCACAGUUCAAAGCCGUGGUCUCAGGAAACGAAUUUUUCUGGGACGAGGAACACGGAGGGGUAUAUCCAUGGGCACAAUGUUAUGGAGGAUGGCAAUUCGGUACGUGGGCUGGUCAACUCGGAGACGGUCGUGCGAUCAGCCUAUUUGAAAGCACCAAUCCCAGGACGAAUGUCCGAUACGAAGUCCAACUCAAAGGAGCUGGCCGGACACCAUACUCCCGGUUCGCAGAUGGAAAAGCUGUGUUACGAUCCAGUAUCCGUGAAUAUAUAGUAUCGGAAGCACUCAACGCGCUCGGAAUUCCCACAACUCGAGCUUUGUCUCUGUCUCUCCUACCCAAGACAAGAGUUCUACGCGAACGCAUUGAACCUGGAGCUAUAGUUUGUCGUUUCGCUGAAUCUUGGCUGAGAAUCGGAACAUUUGAUCUUCCACACUCUCGCGGUGACCGUGAUUUGAUUAGAAAACUCGCAACUUACACUGCUGAAGAUGUGUUUCAAAGUUGGGAAUCCUUACCGGGAGCAGUAUCUCUUGGGAAAGAUCAAUCGCCGGAUGCCGUGGAGAACCCUACUCGCGGUCUUCCAUGGGACAAAGUACAAGAGCACCAGAAUGUGGAAGAGAACAGAUUUGCAAGGCUCUAUCGAGAAAUUGCCCGGCGUAAUGCAAAGACCGUGGCCGCUUGGCAGGCAUACGGCUUCAUGAACGGAGUUCUAAACACCGACAACACAUCUAUAUAUGGGCUAUCACUCGACUACGGCCCGUUUGCUUUCAUGGACAAUUUCGAUCCUCAGUAUACUCCCAACCAUGACGAUCAUAUGUUGAGGUACUCCUAUAAGAACCAACCAUCAGUUAUCUGGUGGAACUUGGUGAGAUUAGGCGAAUGCUUCGGAGAGCUCAUCGGCGCUGGCAGCCAGGUCGAUGAAGAAACUUUUGUCACAAAAGGAGUGUCAGAAGAUGCAGCCCCAGCUCUCAUUAAGCGGGCGGAGACCAUCAUUGAACGAACCGGCGAUGAGUACAAGGCAGUUUUUCUGAACCAAUACAAGCGGCUAAUGUGCAAGAGACUUGGCCUCCAAACCCAAAAGGAAUCAGAUUUCCAAGAAUUAUUCUCCGAGCUCCUUGACACAUUGGAAGCAUUAGAGCUAGACUUUAACCAUUUCUUCAGACGUCUAUCCAGCGUGCCUCUCGCUGACCUCACAACGGAAGUCGGAAGAAAGAGGGCGGCACCUAUAUUCUUCCACAUCGAAGGAUUUGGCGGUAUAGGAUACACGGAGGACUCUGCAAGAGAGCGUAUUGCCAAGUGGCUCGACAAAUGGCGCCAACGCGUCAUAGAAGACUGGGGCUCUGAUGUCGAUGCCGAUACCAAACGACAACAAGCCAUGAAAGAGGUCAAUCCAAACUUCCUCCCUCGUGGUUGGAUCCUCGAUGAAAUUAUCGAACGUGUAGAACGCCGUGGGGAUCGGGAGAUCCUGGGCCGCGUGAUGAGUAUGGCGCUCAAUCCAUUCAAUGAAGAAUGGGGCUUAAAUGCGGAGGAAGAGGAGCGGUUCUGUGGAGACGUCCCGAGAUUUCAGAGGGCUAUGAUGUGUAGCUGCAGUUCAUAA